AAGGAAGUCCUAAAGGCCCUUGGCGACAUACUCUUCAACGUGUGAAGUGUGCGCAAGGAAAACGCCAGUGGGAGCCAUGUUGUCAUGAAGCUGCCCAGUGACUGUACACCACUGCCCGUCAGCACUAUAGAGGAACUUCUGGCAUUUGACAACUAUCUCUCGGAUCGAGACCACAUGGACUUAGUGUGCAACUUUUUUUUAUUCAUGUAUUGCAUGUCGUGUUGCAGGUUGGCUAUUUCUCUGAAAGGUGGCAGCAAUGCAAAAGACGGAGUUCGCAGGGUGCUCCGACAAAUCGUCUCCAAGACAGUUUCACUGCAGUGCAGCUGGGCCGGCCCCUCAGGGAAAAAAAUUCCAUUCAAAAGCCUCACAAAUGUGCUGCAUCUUUUGCUUGGUGCAACACGUGCCCUCUUCGGCACGACUGAUACAGCUGUUCCAGACACCACCGAAUGGUGGCUGAUGUUUGCUGUGGACCAGGAGGGAGGCCGGACACACAGACGGCGCGUCGCCUUGUUGAGGCAAUCCGACACAAGUCAAGACAGCACCUCGUAAUCUCUAGAGUUUGAUGUAGCCUCUUUUUUUAAAACAGUUCUGCUACAUGUUAUUCCACAUAUCAGGAGUGCAAAGCUUUCCCAGC